UUGGUUGGAUUCGGGUGGUUCCGCUGGCGGUGGGCCUGUCCACUGCAUUCGUGAUUUCGGCCGUGGAGUUGCACAUCGUGUGUCUGUCUGUGGCUGGCCAAAAGUGAGAUUUCAACAUGAAUGUGGAGAAGCUGAAGCGUCUGCAGGCCCAGGUCCGGAUCGGCGGCAAGGGCACGCCCCGUCGGAAGAAGAAGGUCAUGCACCAGACGGCGGCCACCGACGACAAGAAGCUGCAGAGCUCGCUCAAGAAGCUCUCGGUGAGCACCAUCCCGGGCAUCGAGGAGGUCAACAUAAUCAAGGACGACCUGACCGUGAUUCACUUCAACAACCCCAAGGCGCAGGCCUCCCUUUCGGCCAACACCUUUGCGGUCACGGGUCACGGUGAGACCCGGAAGGUGGUCGAAAUGCUGCCGGACAUCCUGCCCCAGCUGGGCCAGGAGACGGUCGUCCAGCUGCGGAUGUAUGCCAAUGCCAUGAACAGUCAGAAGGGGGCGCCGGGCAGCGGCGAUGGACCUGUCCCAGCGGAGGAGGAUGACGAUGUUCCCUUGCUCGUGGGCGAUUUCGAUGAGGUGGCCAAGGUGGAGGCGACCAAGCAGCCGGUACAGGAGCCUAAGGAAUCUGUGGAGAGCAAGCCCAAGGAUAAGCAGCAGCAGCAGCCCAAGAAAGACCAGAAGCAGUCGGCAAAAGUGCCGGCGUCCACCAAUCCCAGCGAGAGUUCCAAAGAGAAACAAGAAAAUAGGAAGGGUCAGGCCAAAAAUAACAAGAAAGGUGAUCCACAGACCAACAAGGACAAGCCCAAUAAAAGCAAGGAUCAGGCCAAGGGUCAGCCUGCUCCCCAAGCCAACAAGGAAACGACACAGGCUGCAGAAGCUCCCAAGCCGAAUCCUCCGAAGCCCGCUGUAGAGCAGAAAAAGGAUCAAGUGCUCGCAGUUGACCAGAAGGUUCAAGCCAACGGUGCAAUUCAAAAGGAGCAGCAACCCAAGCCCGCUGAGACCAAGCCCACUGACCAGAAAGUUGGACCCAAAUCGGCAGAGAAGCAGGUGGACAAGGCCAAACCCAUUGAACAGGCCAAAACCAAAGAGCCCAAGGUGGAACAGCCGAAGCCAGCUCAGAAGCAAAUAGAUCAGAACACCCAGUCCAAACCCACGGCGCAGAGAAGUGAAGAUAAGCCAGUGGUACCGACACCAGAGCCCCAGAAGUCCGCUCUUGCACAGGCUUCAGGAAAGGCGCCAACUCCUCCUGCUGUCCAAACUCUCGCCCAGAUUGUGUCUUUGCCUGCCGAGAAACCAGCCAAUGAAGCGGCUGCUACUCCUAAAGCUGAGGAACAGAAGAAGGACUCGUCUGGUCCAGCUAAGGCGGAGCCAGCGAUUACUCCAUCGGUACCAGAACCAGUCACCACUGCUGAGCCACCCAAGAGUGCUCUCAAACAGGACUCACCUCCUAAGAGCGCUCCCAAGCAGGCAUCCCCACCGAAAAAUGUUCCGAAGCAGGAAUCGCCACCACAGAGUGCUCCCAAACAGGAUUCAGCGCCUAAGGGUGCUCCCAAACAGGAUUCACCACCAAAGGGUGCUCCCAAACAGGAUUCUCCACCAAAAACGGUUUCUAAACAGGAUUCACCGCCACAGCAAAAGACUCCACCACCAGUUAAACAGGAUGCACCACCAGCUAAGCAGGAUGCACCACCAGUAGAAGUCGCUAAAGUUCCAGCUCCAGAGGGUCUCAAAACGCCAGCACCGGACGUCACCAACGUUGCUCACGCACCUGCACAACCUCAAGGUCAGGCUGCUCUCGCUUCUGAAAAGCCAGCGGAUGCGCCAAAGGCCAUUGAAGAUCCGAAAGCUGCACCCAAGAAGGAAUCACCACCACCCACAAAACCAGUGACGGCCCCAGUUCCGGUGGCACCUGCCACUCCUGCUGAGGCGCCAUCUCCCCUGGCACCUUCCACUCCGCCAACGACUCCCACCUCGGUGCCGCCCUCUGCAGCGGCAGUGACCCCUCCAUCUCCCACCACGGUGACUCCCCCGUCGCCUGCUGCAGUUACUCCGCCUCAGAAACUGGUGACGGCUCCCCAAGCGUGCAUCAAGAAGCAGGAGGCAGGACCGAAGACAAAACAGCAGCAGCCAGCAGCCAACAAGCCCCAACAACCGCAAAAGCAGCCACCAGGAGGACCAGGAGGAUCAGCUGGGCCAGGAGGGAACAAGGCCGUGCAGAAACAGCCGAACCCCAAUGCCAAGCCAGCAGUUGCUCCAAAGCCGGCCCAGGCCACUCCAAAACCCGCUGCUGCUUCUCCAAAGGCAUCCCCCAACCAGGCGAAUCCACAACAGCAGCAGGGCAAAGCAGCUAACAAAGCGUCCCCUCCAAAGCAAGCUGGACCAACUGGGGGGCAGCAGAAGUCGGCGGCGAACGCCUCGAAGGCCACACCCUCCCCGAAAUCGGUUGUAUCCCCAAAAGCCACCUCCCCGAAGGCCGGAACUCCUACCAAUCCUGCUCCCGCUUCUGGGGGUCCCAACUGAUCCUCCUCCAGUCUCUUUUCUAAUCGGCGCCCUUGCAUUUCAAACCCACUCGCAUUUUCAUAGCCCAUUUUCGCCUUCGUUAAUCUCUGAUGAACCCGGGUACUAACCGCCUUUUGAUUAUUUGUGGCCUUUACAUUUUUGAAUAAAAUUAUGAUUUAA